GGGACGUGCAGCUAGGGCACAUUUCUGGACUGCCUUCAGAGACGCUGCGCAGUAGCAGCAGUCCUCGUGCUGAAAAGUUUGGAAUCAUUUUAAGUCACCAGUCUAUCAGCUGCCUGCUUUGAACAUAACUUUACCAGGACUUGAACACUCCAGAUGCAGAAAUGAUUUGGCAACUAAUGUCUCAUUGGUCACCCCUGGUUAUACCCCUGAUUUUUGGUCUGCUUCUGCAAGCACCAUUCACACAGCCUUCCACCAUCACACAGCCAAACUUUGUCCUUUUGCUGGCUGAUGAUCUUGGCAUAGGGGAUGUAGGUUGCUAUGGGAAUGAUACUAUCAGGACCCCGAACAUCGAUCGCCUGGCAAAGGAAGGAGUGAAGCUGACCCAACACAUCGCUGCAGCUCCACUUUGCACCCCCAGCAGAGCAGCUUUCCUCACUGGCAGAUAUCCCCUCCGAUCAGGGAUGGAUGCUAUAAAUGAUUACCGUGUUAUUUUUUGGAAUGCUGGCUCAGGAGGGCUUCCUCCAAACGAAACCACUUUUGCCAAAAUACUGCAGCACCAAGGCUACAGCACAGGACUGAUAGGGAAGUGGCAUCAAGGUGUUAACUGUGAAUCCCGCAACGACCAUUGCCAUCAUCCUUUGAAACAUGGAUUUGACUAUUUCUAUGGCAUGCCUUUUACACUAAUAAGUGACUGUCAGCCAACAGAAACACCAGAGAUGGACAGAGCCUUUAGAAGGAAACUCUGGCUUUCCACUCAAAUGAUUGGCCUCAUUACACUCACCGCUGUCCUUGGACGACUGACCGGCUUGAUUUCAGUCCGCUGGAAAACACUGACCUGCCUUGCUGGGUUUAGUCUCCUGUUCUUCAUAUCCUGGUUCUCAAGUUAUGGAUUUGUACGGUACUGGAACUGCAUUAUGAUGAGAAACCAUGGGAUAACUGAGCAGCCAAUGGUGACAGACAGAACUACGUCCCUUAUCUUGAGAGAGUCCAUUUCAUUUAUUGAAAGAAAUAAGAACAGACCAUUCCUCCUCUUUCUUUCCUUUUUGCAUUCCCACACUCCUCUCCUCACCACGGAGAAGUUUAUUGGGAGGAGCAGACAUGGUUUAUAUGGAGACAACGUAGAAGAGAUGGACUGGAUGGUGGGCCAGGUUCUAGACGCUGUUGACAAGGAAGGCUUGAGACAUACUACACUGGUUUACUUUGCCUCUGAUCAUGGUGGAUGGCUGGAACGACAAGAAGGCAAAAGGCAGCUGGGUGGCUGGAAUGGAAUAUACAAAGGUGGAAAAGCUAUGGGAGGAUGGGAAGGAGGAAUCCGUGUCCCAGGGAUAUUUAGAUGGCCAGGAGUGUUACCUGCAGGCAGCGUUAUUGAUGAACCUACAAGCCUUAUGGAUAUUUAUCCUACAGUAGUUCAUUUGGCUGGAGGGACAGUGCCUCAGGACAGGGUGAUUGAUGGCCGGGAUCUGCUGCCCCUACUGCGAGGCACGGUGGCGCACUCGGAGCACGAGUUCCUGUUCCACUACUGCGGCACUCACUUACACGCUGCACGCUGGCACCAGAAGGACACUGGAGCUGUUUGGAAGGCUCAUUAUGUGACUCCCAUCUUCAGUCCUCCUGGAGCUGGGGCUUGUUAUGACAGAGGAUUUUGCCCAUGCUUUGGGGAAGGAGUGGCCCAUCAUGAGCCUCCAUUGCUGUUUGAGCUCUCACAAGACCCUUCAGAAGCCAAACCUCUCUCAGCUGACACAGAGCCCCUCUUUGAGACUGUCAUAAGGAAGAUUGGCAGAGCCAUAGAGGAGCACCGCAGGACUCUGACUCCAGUGCCAGAGCAGCUCUCUGUGUCCAACGUGGUGUGGAAGCCAUGGCUGCAGCCGUGCUGUGGGACAUUCCCGCUCUGUUGGUGUGAUAAGGAAGAUGACAGCACACAGAUUUUCUGAGAUGCAUGUCUAAUGACACAUCCUGUGCCACUGAGUACUCUGCUGACAAAGAUAUCAGAUAAUAAUUGAGUUUUUUCUUCUCCUGGGAAGCAAAGUGGAUGAAAAUAAAGAAGAAAAGGAAUAUCAAUCAGAAGUUUUCCCCUUCGUUCUUUGCCACUAGCUAAAGGUUUAAGGAAAUCCUGGUUUUGCAGAUUUGAGUAUAAGAGAAAACUGUAGAGGUGUGUUCCCAAUAUCUGACUAAUUUAUGCCUUCUCAAGGAACACAGUUGAAAAAUGCUGCAGAGAGCCAAGUGCACAGUGCUGAGCAGGCAGCAGUAAGAAAUAAAAAUAAACCUCUAAAUGUUUGCAGUUGUGUCUCUAUAGCCCACAAAUCACAGUUCUACUCUAUUUAAACAUAGUAAUUGUAGUCAUUACUGCUUCCUGUACUGCUCUAUUAUCUCUGUUGAGAUGCUGCUCCUCCUGAGGUGGAGGAAAUCUGAUGUAGUGAGGGAUUUUCCUCGAGUUGUGAACUUGUGAUCUGAGCUUUAUCUGGGUAAAAAUAACCUAUGUCACAGAUAAUAUGAGGUAUAAAAUAUUAAUGUGCAGUAUACCUCUGCAACAGUUAUAUAAGUGAGAGAAGCAUUCUGCCCAUCAGAAAGAGGUCCUGCAGCAUACUGA